AUGACAUCACAGCAACAGCGAGACUCUUCUUGCUCUGUGGAGGGACCUCUCGGGAUGGAAGAUGGUUGCAUCCCGGAUGAACGCAUCACAGCUUCGUCUUUUUUUCGUAACAGCGCUAGCCACGCCCCACCCAGGGCCAGGCUUAAUAUUCAAGGAUACGCUGAAGGGUGGUGUUACGAUGACAGCACUGAUAAUAGUCCAUGGAUACAGGUUGACUUUGUUGGCAUAGUCACCAUCACUGGUCUGAUCACCCAGGGGCGCGGAGAUGCCAACUUUUGGGUGACGGAGUACCAAGUGACGUACAGCGAUGACGGUCAGUCCUGGAAUAACGUGACUGAUGCAGACGGCACACCAAUAAAGUUCCCUGGUAACAAGGACAGUAACACCCUUGUAACUACUAGCCUGCCGUUUGCCUUGCGCACCAGAAUCCUGCGCAUUCACCCCACUGAAUGGCAUUGGUCUUGCUGCAUGAGGUUUGAAGUGAUUGGCUGCUAUUAAGUCAGACUCAUUACAUUGCCGACGAGUGAGUCAAGUGAUUUCAACGUCAAAAGGUAGCUCUGUCGUAGAACAAAAGCAAAAUAUUCAUGCUUGUAAAUACCGGCUCUACUCAAAAUUAUUCUGUAGUUUGGAUGAAAUUUGAUGAAUAUUAUUAGCUUUUUUUCCCUUAAAAUUUGUGAAUCUAUAUUUC